CCAAAGCUAAAACUUAAACAAAACCUUUUGAUUUUCUUUCUUUGGUUUUUACUUUUUAGCCGAAACCCCGCGUCUGAAGUCUUGAUCCAUUUCAUUCUUUCCCAGAUGGGUUUUUUCUCAAAACCUCAGCUUUUACUCAUUUUUGGCUUAUUUUUCUUCGCAAAUCUUGUUGAAUCUGCUGCUGAUUACUCUACUUUGGUGUAUAAGGGCUGUGCUCAACAACUUUUUCAAGAUCCAACCGGGGUUUAUUCCCAUGUUCUUUCAGCUCUCUUUGGUUCCUUGGUUUCACAGUCCGCAAAGGCCAAGUUUUUCAAGACCACUUCUGGAAGUGGCAAGACUUCAAUUAAUGGUCUCUUUCAAUGCAGGGGUGACCUCAGCAACGGUGACUGUUACAGCUGUGUGAGCAAGCUCCCAGCUUUGUCAGACACGCUUUGUGGUAAAACUGUAGCUGCAAGAGUUCAACUUCUUGGGUGCUAUAUCCUUUAUGAAGUUUAUGGGUUUGCUCAGGUUUCAGGGAUGGAACUGUUGUACAAGACUUGUGGGGCAACAAAUGUGAGGGGAGAAAAGUUUGUAGAGAGGAGGGACGCAGCUCUUCAAGUGAUGGAAAAUUGCGUGGUUACUGGCCAUGGAUUUUAUACUGGUAGCUAUCAAUCUGUGUAUUUGUUGGCUCAAUGUCAAGGUGAUUUGGGAGAUUCAGAUUGUGGUGAUUGUGUGACAACAGCAGUUCAGAAGGGUCAAGUUGAGUGUGGGAGCUCUAUUUCAGGCCAAGUUUAUCUGCACAAAUGCUUUAUUAGUUAUGGUUAUUAUCCUAAUGGAGUCCCAGGGAGACAAUCUUCACCAUCUUCGUCAUCAUCAGCAGCUGCAUCAUCAUCAUCUUCUUCUUCUUCUUCUUCAGAUUCAUCAGGGACAGGGCCAAACACAGGGAAGACUGUGGCUAUUAUAAUAGGAGGGGCUGCAGGAGUUGGAUUUGUGGUUAUUUCUUUGAUGUUUGCUAGAAAUUUGAUGAAGAAACAUGAUGAUUAUUGAGGAAAUAAGUUGUUCUAAACCGGCAGAGAGAGAAAGAGAGAGGGAGAGUUCUUUUUCGAGGUGGAUUGUUUCUAUAUUUUGUUUCUUUUAUUACUGAUGGUGAUGGAUUUUAGAAGGCAUAGAAUUGAUAAAGAAAAAGGAGAAAAAAAGGAAGGGCAGAUGUGGGGUUUUGAUGUUUCAUUUUGAUGGAAGUAACACGAGGGCAUAGCAUCAAUUUAUUUGUGUACUAAGAUGAAAGAGUAUAUCUACAUGAGAAUGAAUGAAUGUUUGUCAUUUUUUA